UAGCAAACGAUGACUUGUACUCCGGAGGAGCAGACUCUUCGAAUUAAUUAACAAUCGUUUUGAAGUUUUGCAAGAACGAAACCAUCGGGUAUUUAUCAUUGCCCGUGCUGACGAAUGCAAGGCACAAUGGGCCAGUCAAUUUUUAGAGAAGGAAAUUGAGAAAAGGAAAAUUUCAUGCUCGACGUCGAAUAAGCUCAAGCCUGGUUCAUGUUGGAUAGAGAGUGCAGCAGAUGUCAUCUAUAAAAGCACUAUCAUUCUAGUGAUCAUUUCACACAAAUUUAAAGACUGUUCACAAGCAUCGAGACUACUAUCAGUUGCUCUCAGCAGGUCAAUAAAAUGUCCUGAAUUUUGUUGUUUAGUUCCUGUCAUCAUUACAAAAGAUGCAGCUGCAAUUCCUCAAGAAUUAGAGCACCUUACAUCUAUCACAUGCAUUAAGAAGGAUCCACAAGCUAUCAUCACUCGUCUUGAUGCUUUACUUGCAGACCCACCACGUCCACGACCUUCCAGGAGAAGCAAAGUGACAUCAAAAUUGCGAAAGUGUGUUCGAGGACUUUCUUCAAUGAGAUCUUCCUCAUGCAGUAGGAGAAACCCCAGUAGAAAAUAUCACCGCAUUUUCAACAAAAGGCAUCAAGACAGCAGAACUUCAAAAAAGAGAUUGGUUGUGAAUGUGAAAACAAAGUCAGGACAGAUCAGCACUGUCAGCAGAAAUGAAUCGACAAGAAAGGUUUUCAUUGGUCACAAUCACACAGAUGAUAUGUCUGUGAACUUCGUCAAUAACAAGAUAAUCCCAAUUCUUAAAACAAAUGGGAUUACUUCAUGUGACAAAAUGACUCUUACAAAUGGGAAUGUAGAUUCUCAAGACCUAAUUGAUCCAACGUUAGAGUUGGGUAAAAUGCUGUCCAAGACAUCUGAUAGUAUUAUGGACUCCUGCUUUGGAACUAUUGUGGUUGUGCCAUCUCAACCUGGCACUUUACAAUCACCACUUGAUAAAAUACUUUUUCACUCAAUCGAGCCAAGAUUUGAAUCAGGAAAACUUCAAGUCCUGUGUGUUCGGCUAACUCAGACUGGCAUUGUUCCUGUACAACUGAGAGGUACAGCUACAGCUGAUUACUUCAACGCUGAAGUUAGCAGUAAGUGGCCAGAUCUAAUUACCCAUUUCCUUGAACCUGUUCAAAUGUACAAGUUUUCGUCACCAUCAGCUGUCUUUCCAGAGGCAGAUGUACCUAAGGUGCCUUCUUUACCGUUGUAUUACGAAUUUGAUGUCCGGCGCCUAUCAGUUCAUCGUUUUCUCUGUAGGGCAAAUAAAUUCAAAUUUACUGUUCCCAUUCUUCUGCUGACUUUCCAGUUCAUUGUCACCAUAUUCAUCAAGACAUAUGAGACUGAGGACAAAUGGAAUUCCUCAAACUCCAAGUUGCAAGAUUCUCCAAUUUUUUUGUGCAGUCCUAGUUCUGUCACGACUGUCAGUUUCUUCCUUACUUUUGUCGAGAUGACUUUAAAGACAGGUAUUCCUUUGCUCAUGAUCAUCAAAGUCAAAGCAAUGACGACAGCUAUGAACAGCAGCCUUGUUCUUCGUUUUCGAUACUGUGAUAUCAACACAGUUUGGUCUGUGCUCAACAAACUAUACCAGCCAAGAGAGCUCAUCGCUGUCAAUGCCAAUAAUACAAUUCGAGUGGCUGAAAGAAUGAUUGAAAAAGCUUUAUUCAUUGCUGUAUGUCAAACUGUCGUACACAGUUUCAUUUUGGCACUUGCUUUGUGCUUACUGGGAGCCCUUUACGAUCCAGUCUAUGACAGCUGCAGUUUCCUGGAUCGACAUGACUCUUCUACUGUGGUUACAGUUAUGGUUAUGGACUUUUUGACGGUUUUCAUAGGACUCAGUUGUAUUGGAAUUGGACAGGCACUAUUUGCUUGCGAAACAAAACUGUGUAUGUACAAGGAUAUGUGGGCUGACAGUCUAGGCAUGUCAUCGAGCCCAUUCCUGCAGCAGUGGGAAAUUUACAAAGAUACAUGGUACAACUGCAAGAAAUGGGCUAUUGGAUUGAUCAUCAUCCUUUUGAUGUAUCCGUUUGGAUCAUAUUUAUUGUAUUUAUGUCAAAGCGUAUCAGAAAGGGAGUCAUUUGAGAGUUUUCCUAUUAGGAUCCUUAGAGCUUGCGACUUUUUUGCCAUCUGUCCUUCGGCAUGGUUUCUGGUAAAUUUGUCUCUUCCUCUGGAUGUUUUAUUAUUUGGGCUGUUGAUCUGGUAUAUCCAAACACAACCAGGAGAUUACAAUGUCGCAGGGAUCCACAAAUAUCGAGGGUACCAUGUGAACUUGCUGUUGUGGCACCUUGUUUUACGCGUCUGUUUUUUGGUGAUGCUGGAUAUCGGAGUGUGCUGCUAUCGUGGCAAAUGGAAACGAUGUCAGUCUUACGUCUCUACAGCCUUCCAGUGUAUAACAACGAUAGCUGCAGUACUGUUAUUAGGUUGUCUAUAAUU